AUGUUGACGGAUUACUUUCUGCUAAUCAUUACGGUUGCUUAUUGCCGGGCAAAUUCAACAGAAGAGUUCGCAACAGUACGGGCAAGGCUUACUCAGGAGGGAUUUAUAUUCUUCAGCAAAUUUGGACAUUACAUCGUGAACGAGGAGAUAGGCAAGGUAACAUUUCCAGAAAUAUCAAUACCAAUCAAAGAUGGACCUGGUACUGGUAACGUGAAUGUUACGCAGCUAACCUUGUUAUCAUUUGAAUCACCUAAUAUUACUAUUAACUUAAGAGCACCGACUGGAAUCAUCUGGCAAACUACAAAUGGAUUCAUAAAAUUAAAUGGAUACUGGCUAGCAGUGUAUGAUUAUGUUGAAAUUAUUCAUUUGUCGGGUUAUGUGGAGGCAAAAAUUAGCGAUAUCCGCGCGUAUUUGCAAACAAAUUUUGAAGUAAAAAAUAAUCGUCCACAACUUGAGAUUACGCAUUGCUUUACGGAGGUACUUGACUUGGAAGUAUACGUCACAGGUGGUGUUAUUCAGUGGAUCAUUAACUUGUUCCGUUCUCAACUAGCUGCUGCAGUUCGACAAGUUAUUCAUAAGAAGAUGUGUGGUGUGUUGCGAAGAGCAGUCGCAGACUUAGACAUUUCGUUAUCAAAACUUGCGACUCAUUUCAAAGUGUACAAAAAUCUGUACAUUCAUUAUUCAUUCCAGCAACGACCAAAAGUUAUGAACAAUUAUAUCGAAAGUGAAAUUGUAGCCGAUCUUACGUAUGGUAAAGAUAAAUGCGCAUUAGCAAGCGAAGCAAUGGAUAGUGAAGUUGAUUCAAUGAAUCGAAUGGCACAUAUAUGGAUAUCAGAACAUGUUCCUAAUUGCUUACUUCAUACUCUCUACAACAAUGAAAAUUUGACCUUUGCCAUCACAUCUAGCACUAGUCAUGGUCAAUUUGCCAACUUCUUAAAGACUAAUUGUGGUCUAACUGCAAUUUGUAUUGGACAGUUUUUCCCUACUUUACGACAUAAAUAUCCUAACGAAAGUGUUGACGUUUUAAUCGGUGUAAAGGAAGUACCACUGGUUGUAAUUACUGUUAAUGGUAUUGCAUUAUACAUAGAAUGUCACGUGGAUUUGUACUUAACUUCUGAUGUACAAAAAUCUAAAAGACUGGCAGAGCUCAUUAUGAAUACGACAGUUUCUGUGAUACCAUCCAUUUUCAAGAAAAGACUUGUAGGAUCUGUUGGCGAAAUUAUUCUUUCAUUACGUGAGCAUGACUCCAUCAUUGGACACUUUGACGUCAAGGUUCUGCAAUUUAUGCAAAAAUUAUUGGCCAAAGCAGUGCGUGUCGUAUUAGGCGCAGCACUGAAAGUUGGCCUACCACUGCCAAUUAUCGACAAUGUCAGCAUCACGGACGAAUCUCGCAUCGUUACAAAAAAUAAUUAUAUUCGUAUAGAUUUCGAUUUAAUCUAUGGAUGA